CUGUAAUCUGUCUGCGUAGGGUGUGCUCCGGAGCUAGCCUCGGCACACUUUUUAUUAUUAUGAAACAAACCAAAAACUAGAGAGCACACGCAGACAUAUUUUUAUAAGAAAAAAAAAUAAAUCGGUGAAGCAGGAUUUAAUUUGCCUACCCAAGCAAACGCGAAAAAAAAAUAAAAUAAAACAAACAAACCGCUGCCCUGAAACGGAACGAGCAGAACGUCGUUAGCAAGCUACCUGUACUAGCGUCAUUGUUGAGAGCGUGGGUAAAUAUCGUUUGCCUGUGGAAUUUUUAUUUCUUCAUUUAACGGAUUUGUUCGUCCUGAUUAUUACGUAACACUAUUUGUUUCUUACUCUGUGAGAAAUUGAGCUUUCUCAGUAACCGUGAAGAAGCUGAAGUUUAAAAAUUGUAUUUUUUUUCCGAGCCGUACUGGGUACUAGGCCACGCUCCGACAUUUUGCCCAUCACGCUACGUAGCACACGUUGUUAGUGUUUUUCCCACGCUCGUUUUUUAAGGCCAAAAAGAAGACUUGGACUCCCAUUUUUUCUUCCCCCGCGUCGACUGACGGUCACGAUUAAAACGAAUUUACACAUUUCUGAAAACGUACGCAGCCGAAGAUGAAUCCCAGCGCGCCCAGCUACCCAAUGGCCUCUCUCUACGUAGGAGACCUGCACCCGGACGUUACUGAGGCCAUGCUGUACGAGAAGUUCAGCCCGGCCGGACCCAUCCUCUCCAUCAGGGUGUGCAGAGACAUGAUCACCCGCCGGUCGCUUGGCUAUGCCUAUGUUAACUUCCAGCAACCAGCGGAUGCUGAACGAGCCUUGGACACAAUGAACUUUGACGUGAUCAAGGGUAGGCCUCUUCGCAUCAUGUGGUCUCAGCGUGACCCCUCAUUGAGGAAGAGUGGAGUGGGCAACAUCUUCAUCAAGAACCUGGACAAGUCCAUUGACAACAAGGCCCUGUACGACACAUUCUCUGCGUUCGGAAACAUCCUCUCCUGCAAGGUGGUUUGUGAUGAGAAUGGCUCAAAGGGUUACGGCUUUGUGCACUUUGAGACCCACGAAGCAGCUGAGCGUGCCAUUGAGAAAAUGAACGGCAUGUUGCUCAAUGACCGAAAAGUGUUUGUCGGACGUUUCAAAUCCCGCAAAGAGAGGGAGGCUGAGCUCGGUGCACGUGCCAGAGAGUUUACCAACGUUUACAUCAAGAACUUUGGCGAGGACAUGGAUGACGAGAAGCUGAAAGAGUUGUUUGGCAAAUAUGGGCCUGCACUCAGUGUCCGAGUUAUGACUGAUGAAAGUGGCAAAUCCAAGGGAUUUGGUUUUGUGAGCUUCGAGAGACAUGAAGACGCACAGAAGGCUGUUGACGACAUGAACGGCAAAGAACUGAAUGGCAGGCAGGUGUACGUGGGUCGUGCACAGAAGAAAGGAGAGCGUCAGAACGAACUCAAACGCAAAUUUGAGCAGAUGAAACAGGAUCGCAUGACCAGAUACCAGGGUGUUAAUCUAUACGUGAAGAAUUUGGACGAUGGCCUGGAUGAUGAGCGUCUGCGCAAAGAAUUCUCUCCAUUUGGUACAAUAACAAGUGCAAAGGUAAUGAUGGAGGGUGGUCGCAGUAAAGGGUUUGGCUUCGUGUGUUUCUCCUCCCCAGAGGAGGCCACCAAAGCUGUGACAGAAAUGAACGGCCGUAUUGUGGCUACAAAGCCUCUGUAUGUGGCUCUGGCUCAGAGGAAGGAGGAGCGUCAGGCCCAUCUAACCAACCAGUACAUGCAGAGGAUGGCCACCGUGCGUGCCGUACCCAACCCUGUUCUCAACCCGUAUCAGCCCGCCCCAACUCCAGGCUACUUCAUGGCUGCUAUACCACAGGCUCAGAAUCGUGCUGCAUAUUACUCUGCCAACCAGUUGGCCCAGCUCCGCCCCAGCCCCCGCUGGGCAACUCAAGGAGUACGUCCUCAACACUUCCAGAACAUGCCAAACGCCAUGCGCCCAUCAGCACCCAGGCCUCAGGCCUUCAACACCAUCCGCGCUGCCACCACCGCCAACACCCAGGUCCCUCGCAUGAUGGCUUCACAACGCAUGCCGACUCAGGCGCUCAGCCAGCGCCCUGCCGGCGCGUCGGCCACUGCCGCCCCGGUACGAGCCAUGCCUCAGUACAAAUACGCUGCCGGUGUGCGCAACCCUCAGCAGCACAUGGCCUCCCAGCCACAGGUCCCCAUGCAGCAACCCGCGGUCCAUGUCCAAGGUCAGGAGCCCCUGACGGCCUCCAUGCUGGCUGCUGCACCUCCUCAGGAACAGAAGCAGAUGCUGGGUGAGCGUCUGUUCCCUCUGAUCCAGAACAUGCAUCCCAGUCUGGCGGGUAAGAUCACCGGGAUGCUUCUGGAGAUCGACAACUCUGAGCUGCUUCACAUGCUGGAGUCACCUGAGUCACUGCGCUCCAAGGUUGAUGAGGCUGUCGCCGUGCUUCAGGCUCACCAGGCUAAAGAGGCCGCCCAGAAGUCAACCACCCCUGCUGGUGUCCCCAGCGUCUAAGAUUGAGCAUUUUGAAAUCUGCUUCACCGAUGGAAAAAGAAAAAAAACUUAAACAUCGAAAAACUUAAAACUCUGAAAACAUUGCAAAAUGAUAAAUUAUUUCUUAAAAAAAAGGAUUGACUUUGCCAGGUCUAGGAAAGAUUUGACUAGACCUUGAUCAUAAAUUUAAAAAACUUUGUUUAAAAAAAAUAGCAAAAUACAUAAAAUUGAAAUCAUAAAAUUGAACACAUUCCUGUUUUAUGUCAUUUUACUGUCAGUGCUCAGAAUAUCAGCCAAAUUCAGGGAGAUGGUUGCUGAGUAUUUUGAACAGAUUUGUAUGGUGAACUACUGGAUGAAUAAAUUGACAUUCAAAAAUA